GGAACUAACACCAUGUGACUAAUCAUAAGACAUUUACCUGCAUUUCUAAAUAUAGAACGAGGAAAACACAUAUACCGGGUCGAUUCAUUAAUCUGGCAAUACACAAGAUGGUUAACAUGUUGAAUGUACUCCUAAGUUUGCUUGUUUUCACAACAACUCCAACACAGACAUCAACAUGUUGUUUGCCAACACAAAUGGAAGGGACAUUAGGCUUCUCAAGUGGAUACCAAGUCAAGGAUAAGGGUUUCCGAACAGAGGCCAUGUUUCUACUUGCAUAUGAUGUGAAAGGGAAAAGACAGUCCACUCUAGGGGAGGGAGUAACUAAUGGAAUAAAAUUUCAAACUCAUCAAAUCGAUGAUUAUGCGGCGGGCAAGCAGUACACCGUGACAAAUGGAAAGUGUGUUAUUGUACCUUUAAAAACUGAAAUGCUUUAUUGUAUUCCAUCUGAUGCAAAGCUGCUGAAGUCGACCUUUAUUGGAUUUGAUGACAAGAAAAUUGAUGUGGACAUGUACAUGUUCAAAUUCCAAGGAGCCACUGUAACUAUGUCCGUCACAAAAGACACCUGUGUACCUGUAACGGAACACGUCACAUAUCCAAAUGUAUUAGUCGAUGUUGGUUACAUGGGAAUGACCAGUGGUAUUAAAAACACUACCGUCUUUGAUAUCCCAAAGCCUUGUCAACAGGUUGGACUUACGGGAAUUCACCAGGAACGAAAUGAUGUUGAGCACUUCAGACGCAGAAGACAUUCUCCUUUGUUCCUUUAGCCAUCUUUUUUCCCCCUGUGUGAUGACUCUCCGUGUGUUUUGUGUUAAAGUAAACUUUAAUUCAACAAAUGAAUAUAUCUCUAUGCUAUUUUUUUAUGAGUUACUCAGCUUUGUCUGUGGAGAUUAUGCUUAAAUAUUUUUCUAGCUAUGAAGAGGAAAAGUUAGUGUUGUAAUAAUGAAAUGGUAUACCCCUUUAUUGUUUGUUAUCCAGAUCUGUCCUAGACAUAUCAUACAUCUCAGAUUUACAUGUUGAUUGCAAAAUGUCCAUAUAAUUUAUAGAUGUCUUAGCUUUACUCUUGAUUUAGUUUGCAACUUUUAAUGACAAAUAAAGAUUGACUGUGUAUUAUUUAGUUUGCCAUGAAGUAUACCAAAUUAAAAAAAUAUCCGUCUUCA